UGUAGAAGCAUACCUUUGCUGAUGGUUCUUGGCUUCACAGGACCAUUUGUCCCUCAGCUUCUUUUCCUUCUUGGUGUUUACUUAACAUCAGCUAACAUGGCUGCCAUGUUUCAGCCAGCAGUGCCUGUCUGGAGUGCUUUCCUGGCAAUAAUGACUGGAGUGGAGCCACCUCCAAAGCUAACAACAAGCUAUGGUCGGGCUAAAAUUUUAGGAAUUUAAUUUGCAGUUUGUGGCGCUAUGACAAUGACGCUUGGAAAACUACAAAGUACUUCCAGUGAAAAAUCCUGGCUAUUACAAGAUUCUUCAGUUGGGACUCAAUUUCUUGGUUGCAUUUGUCUCUUUGUUAAAACCUCCAGCACAGCCUUGUAUUACAUUAUUCAGAAGAAGUAUAUAUUUAAUCAAUCCUUCUCAACUUGGAAGGAACAACCCUUGGCUGUAACAGCAUGGAGUUACUUUUUUGCAACAGUUUAUCUAGCAUUUGCUUCAUUAAUUUAUUCAAAUCAGCCUGAAAAGUUCACAAGUUUUACAAAGGAAACAUUCUAUUGCUUACUGUAUGCAUUUGUGGUCUCCUCAACAAUGUGUUAUUUGCUGCUUUCGUGGUGUAACAUGCAGGCACCAUCCACCCUUGUCACCUGCUCCUGGCCACUUCAAUCAUUAUUUUGUGCGCUUUUGUCCACUGUAUGUUUAGGACAAACACUGCAGCUGCUGGAGUGUGCAGGUGGAGGGUUGAUUAUCAGUGGACUGGCUGCAGUUUUGUGGUCAACUUAUUGAGAGAGUGAAGAAUUACAUUUGUAUUUGAAAAGUGAGAAGUCACUCUGUUAAGGGAAGUGAGACUACAGGUAGCCCAAGCCACCUAAGUGAGCCUUUGUAAAUAUGCAUUGAUGUUGUGCAAUGACCCAAAUACAAGGAUUUGUUUGGGAAUAAAUGGUUGAGCUCUCUACCUGAAAGAUCUGGACUAAAAGGAUUGUAUUGAGGACAAAGCUGCUGAACUAAAACCAUGCUAAACAACUCUACGCCAGCCCAAGAAACUCAAGCAAUGCAAAGGAACAACCUUAUAUUUCAGCCUUUGUGCAAUGCCAACAUGAUUGCAUAUCUACUGAGGCUUCUAUUGCGAGCUUGAGCUACCUGCGAUAAGACUCCCUUUUCAAAUGAUGAAAUGAAAAACAGGCAAGAACCAUCAGUGAAACCUUUCACUCUCAGGAAUGAACAAAAAGAAAUUUCUCCUUACAAUAUUUAACAACUAUUCACCGAAGUGGAGGUGGUUAGUGGUGG